CAAAGAUGAUGGCACUGAUGCUCUCUUUCCCACCCCAAAACCCUUCUUGUUUCUGCUCUCUGGAUUCUGGCACUCGCAAAACAAAAUCUUCAAGGAUCCUCAUGACCCUCUCCCCACCUUCAAAGCCUACGGAGGUGAAGAAUGACAUGAGGAAGCAGCGAAGUCCCCUUGAAGUCGAGAUCAAGGAGGUCACUCACUCCAUGCAUCCAGAAAAGCAGGAGAUCUUCAAGUCAUUAGAGAAAUGGGCUGAGGACAACAUCUUGACCCUCCUGAAGCCCGUCGAGAGCUCAUGGCAACCGCAGGACUUUUUGCCAGAUCCCUCAGCCGAAGGCUUCUUCGACGGCAUAAAGCAGAUAAGGGACCGGGCAGCGGGGAUCCCAGAUGAGUACUACGUGUGCUUGGUCGGCAACAUGAUCACUGAAGAGGCCCUGCCAACGUAUCAAACCUUCGUCAACACACUCGACGGCGUUCGAGACGAGACAGCGAGCAGCCUGAGCUCCUGGGCCAGGUGGACGAGGAUGUGGUCGGCCGAGGAGAACCGGCAUGGAGAUGUCCUUCACAGGUAUCUCUACUUGAGUGGGAGGUUGAAUAUGAGGCAGAUAGAGAAGACCAUACAGUACCUCAUUGGCUCCGGGAUG